CCGUUUGAACUGCGUUCUCUGGCUGGGCCGACUGGACCCCUAUUCUGUCAGCUGCGAGCCUGCGGGCUGUUCAGGCUGUUGCUUUCGGGCGGCGAAAGCUGACUAAAGUCGCCGUGCUUAGCAGUAUCACUUGUUACGUCGUCUGGUAAAGCUUGUGCUUGGUAACUUGCCUUUCCACAAUGUCUUUUCCGAAAGCACCCCGCUUCCCUGGCGGCAACGAUGAUGUACCUCCAGUAGGUUCCUACAACCCAGCUCUAGAAAGUCGCACCCCUGCGCCCAAGUUUUGCUCAGCUACAAGAUUUCGCGACACCCAUGGUGCUAGCUUUUUCACACCUGGUGGUUCCUACCGUAUGCCCCCAAUACCAUUGCAUGCCUCCAAGGAACUCUUGAAGCGCAGACUGUCAGAAAUGGCUCAGCACCUUGAAGAGAGGGACAUGUUGAUAGGACAGCUACGAGUCAGCAAGGGGAAGCUCCACACCCGUGUAAGCCAACUGGAGGAACUUCUCAGAGGCCUUUCACGAAAGGUGUCAGCCAAAAACGAAACCUUGCACGGUGCGAGGAAAUCAAAAAGCUGCAAGGCUUCAAGGACAAGUCGGCAAGAUAUAGAAGACACUCGUGCUCUCUUGAAAGAACUAGGGGAUACUGACACUGCAGAAGAGGCCUUUUGUGAAGUUCGGCUAUCAAAAGGAACACAAGAACUGAAGGAGGAGCUCAAUGACAUGAUUGACAAGAUGAAUGCUGAUGAUUCCGAGGCCCACAACACAGAUCUCAUGGAUGCGUACGACGAAGAAAAUGCAAGCUUCAAGACCAAAGUUUUUCUCGUUGAACAAGAACUUAAGGCUUUGAGUAACAUGCUGACCAAUAUGACUACUGAAAAACAAGAAUUGGAGAAGAAUGUGGCAGACAUUUACAUUGAAAGGUCAUCUCUGCGAGAAAUAGUAGAAGAUAUUGAAGCCAAGUGUAGGGAGCUUCAUCACAAGCUUGUAUGCCAGAAAAAAGAAAACACUGCCAAGGACACACAAAUUGAACAGUUGGUUCUUGAAAAUGAAGUGCUGCAAAACAAAGCACAGUCACUUGCUGAUUGCAAUGAAGAGCUGAAUGCAGUCUUGGACCGUGUGAAGGCUGCAAAGCAUGAAUUAGAGGAGAAGGUGGCAGAAACUUGCAAAGAGAAUUCUUCUCUGAAAGCAAGCAUUGAAGACCUCGAGGCCAAGCAUACUGAGCUUCAUCACGAGCUUGUAUGCCAGAAAAAAGAAAACACUGCCAAGGGCACCCAAAUUGAACAGUUGGUCCUUGAAAAUGAAAUGCUACAAAACAAAGCACAGUCACUUGCUGAUUGCAAGCAAGAACUGAAUGCCAUCUUGGAGCGUGUAAUAGCAGAAAAGCAUGAAUUAGAGGAGAAAGUGGCAGAAACUUGCAAAGAGAAUUCUUCUCUGAAAGCAAGCAUUGAGAACCUUGAGGCCAAGCAUACUGAGCUUCAUCACGAUCUUGUAUGCCAGAAAAAAGAAAACACUGCCAAGGGCACGCAAAUUGAACAGUUGGUCCUUGAAAAUGAAAUGCUACAAAACAAAGCACAGUCACUUGCUGAUUGCAAGCAAGAACUGAAUGCCAUCUUGGAGCGUGUAAAGGCAGAAAUGCAUGAAUUAGAGGAGAAGGUGGCAGAAACUUGCAAAGAGAAUUCUUCUCUGAAAGCAAGCAUUGAGAACCUUGAAGCCAAGCAUACUGAGCUUCAUCAUGAGCUUGUAUGCCAGAAAAAAGAAAACACUGCCAAGGGCACGCAAAUUGAACAGUUGGUCCUUGAAAAUGAAAUGUUACAAAGCAAAGCACAGUCACUUGCUGAUUGCAAGCAAGAACUGAAUGCCAUCUUGGAGCGUGUAAAGGCAGAAAAGCAUGAAUUAGUAGAGAAGGUGGCAGAAACUUGCAAAGAGAAUUCUUCUCUGAAAGCAAGCAUUGAGAACCUUGAGGCCAAGCAUACUGAGCUUUAUCAUGAGCUUGUAUGCCAGAAACAAGAAAAUGCUGCCAAGAGCGCACAUAUUGAACAACUGGUCCUUGGAAAUGAAGUGCUGAAAAACAAAACACAGUCACUUGCUGAAUGCAAGCAAGAGCUGAGUGCAGUCUUGGAUCGUGUGAAGGCAGAAAAGCAUGAAUUAGAGGAGAAGGUGGCAGAAACUUGCAAAGAGAAUUCUUCUCUGAAAGCAAGCAUUGAGAACCUUGAGGCCAAGCAUACUGAGCUUCAUCAAGAGCUUGUAUCCCAGAAAAAAGAAAACACUGCCAAGGGCACACAAAUUGAACAGUUGGUCCUUGAAAAUGAAGUGCUGCAAAACAAAGCACAGUCACUUGCUGACUGCAAGCAAGAGCUUAUUGCACUGAAUGAUGCUCUUACCCAAGUGAAAUUGGAAAAAGAGGAAGGUGAGAAGAGGGUAGCAGAGCUGCACAUGGAGAAGACAGCUAUAGAGAGAAGCCUCGAAGAUCUUGCAAGCAAGUACCAUAAGCUUCACCAUGAAGCCAUGCAAUAUCAGGAGGAGAAAGUGAUUCUGUACAUGAGAAUGGAUGAAGUUGUGAAACAAAAUGAAGUUUUGAAAGCAAAUGUUCAGAUUCUUGAAGGUUUAAAAAGCAAAUGGGAACAGCAACAUUUGCUCUUAACAGAUUGCAUUGAAGAUCUUCAGUUUAAACUUGAUAAAGCACACUGUGAGGAAGCUGAGCUCAAGUCUUCAGUGGCCCUUUUGAAUCGUGAAAUUUCCAAUCAUGAGCAGCUAAAGCAGGACAUGCUAAAAGAACUUGUUGACUUUGGGGAUAUACUGACCCUCAAAACAAGCCUGGAAGAAAGACUCGCUUCAGCACUUGUUGAAGUUGACAGCCUUCAUAGCAGCAACAAAGAAUUUGCCAAGAAAACGUCUGCUCUGGAGGAUGCAAACAGGGUAGCACAAGACAAUAUUUCUGAACUGCUGAAAGAAAAAAAACAGCUUGAAGAAAGCAUUCAGUCGUGUCAUGAAAUAAGGAACGGAAUUGAAGUUAAGCUCUCAGACGCCACACGCAACCUUAAUAUUUGGAAGGAAAAGGCAGAAGUUUUGUCCUGUGAAAAUCGACGCCGAGAUGAAGAACUGGCCGACUGCGCUCAGCAACUCAAAGCUGCUGUGCUUCGUGCUGACAAGUACAAAUGCGUAUGCAGUGAACUUGACCGGCAGAAGAGGGAGCUGCGUGACCAACUGAAGCAGCUGUCAGAAGAACUAACACAAGUCAAGGACGAGAUGCAGGUGGCUGCAGAAUUUUACGAGAUGAUGGUGUCUAGGCUAUCGUGGUGGCUGUCUUUAGAGCACUUUCUUUCUUCCAAUUGGGACAUUCACGCAAGGCAAGUGAACAACUUGACUGAGCAGCUCAACUCCACAGCAGCCGAUGCUGAGAGAUGGAAGACAAGCUUCGAGGCUCUGCAGAUGAGAGUUUCACCUUUCCAGGAGCAGCUAGAGCUGUACGAGCUGGAGAAGCAGCUUCUUGAAAGAAGGAACGAGGCAACAGAGAGUGAGCUGUCCAAGUUGCACGAAAAGGUGUCCAAAAUGAUGGGUCACCAGAAUCACAAGCAAAAGAUACGGUACCUGAGCAACCUUCUGAAAGAGCGGGAUGACUUUAAGAAGGAGCUGUACACCCUCCGCCAGAAGACAUUGAAGCAGACAAAAGAAAUUGUUAGACUUGAACUACAACUGAGCCAAAAACUGAAACAAGGACAGAAAGGACUGUUUGACCAUUCAGCAAAAGAGAAUGUGCUCCCAAAGCCACCCAUGUAGAUAUGCGUCAGAUAUGCUUCAAAGCAUUGGGAAGACUACAUUUUGUCAUGUAGAUGACAUUUUCAAAUAGAAUGAAGAUUGUAUAUUAUAACUUUCAAUUCAUGAAAUCACCAUAGUCAUCAGCUCAUCCCCAUUUAGUAUAGUGUAAAUGAGUGCAUGAAUAAAAAAAAAAUUAGCACUUGA